AGAACGAAAUAUACUGAUUCUUUUCUAAAUAUCUAUAAACCAGCUUAUAUGUACUAAAAACAAAUUUAUUUGUAAGACGAACACGUAAAUGUGUGUGGCACGGAACGUCUGCUCCAGUCUUAUCGCUGUUUAUUUGAGCUAUUUAUAACGAAAUCAUGCCAUCAGUAUCACUCUAAACAUUACAAAUUUAUCAACAACUUUUGUGUUAGUGAUAUAUUUUAAGCAUUCGAAAUCACGAAUUGCGAUUGCAUGUUUUAGAAACGAUGUCUGAAAAGUUUGAUGUAGUGAUAUUUGGUUCGUGUAUUGUAGAUUUUAUUAGCUAUGUGCCGCGGCUUCCGAAAGUCGGUGAAACUUUACAUGGCACCAAGUUCGUAACCGGUUUCGGUGGAAAAGGUGCAAACCAAUGCAUUGCAGCAGCACGCUUGGGAAGCCGGACAGCGAUUAUUGGGAAACUAGGGAAUGAUCCGUGGGGUAAAAGUUAUCGAGAUGCUCUCCGUCAGGAAGGCGUUAACGUUGAUCGUGUUGACCUGAUUGAAGGGGAAAGUACUGGAAUAGCUCAAAUCAAUGUGGCCAACAAUGGCGACAAUCAGAUCGUGAUUGUGGUCGGUGCGAAUAAUUGCCUAAAACCUGUUGAUGUACAGGCAAGUUCUCAGUUGCUAGGAACUGCAAAAGUUUUGAUUUGUCAGCUAGAAACUCCUUUGGAAGCAACUAUUGAAGCAUUGAAAAGCUUUUCUGGUAUAUCCAUCAUGAACGCCGCCCCGGCUCUGGAGAAUAUUCCACAAGAUCUCCUAAAGUAUGCUACGAUAUUUUGCGUGAACGAAACGGAAGCGGCUCUUAUCACCGAUUUACAGGUUGAAACAAUAAUGCAAGCUAAAGCGGCUCUUCUGAAACUACAAAAUAUGGGUUGUGGAACUGUCAUAAUCACACUAGGGGAGAAGGGUGCGAUUUUCGCAACGAAAUCCGAAGCAAAAAUAAUUCACGUGAAACCUUGUCAAGUAGAGCGUGUUGUGGAUACAACGGGUGCCGGAGAUGCAUUCAUUGGAGCUCUGGCACAUUUUAUUGCUGGUAAUCCGUCUGCUGAAUUGCUACAGUGUAUUGCAGCGGCAAACAAAGUGGCGGCGAUGUCAGUACAGAAACCUGGGACCCAGACCAGUUUUCCCCGAUUCCAAGAAACGGGUCUUCCUAGGGAUGUGUCAUUAUACCAAAGUGAAUGGGAAUAUAUUUGAAC